AUGUCAGCACGUAGCGAACAAGAAAAUGUUACUCUUGACGAUUCCAACAGUCAGAGUUCAAACCGCAAAAAAUACAAUGUGCUUGUUCAAGUUAAAAACGAAAUAAGUGCAUGGUUGAGUCUGCAGCUAGACCAAAACGACACGCUCGAGACAAUCCGACAGAAUCUUGCCUCUAAUACCCAGUUCUGCGACCGUUUCAGACCUAACCUCGCGACUAUGGGUAUGGAAGUUAAAGUCGUCGACAAAGACGAACAGAUGUCGUCUGAACAGCAGGGCGAUGAAUACCUCCAUCUCUUGGCAAAAAAGAAACCCGUACCGGCAGCCCACUACUUUAAAAAGAUCCGUUCUUUCAUCACGCACUAUGAUGAUGAAGCCAUCCACUUUGUUGUGGACAUCACUAAGCCAUAUGAUGCUGGGAAAAGGCCAAGCGAAGAAGAACGUAAGGAGUCGACCUUGUUCGUGUUUCUCAAUUUCAUUAUUAAAUCGCUUACUAUUGUGGAAUUUUUAGAUUUUCGGCGUGAACUUCCUGCAUACAAUACCAAAACUUGGAUAGUCAAUUCAAUAAUACCGAUCAAUGCUUCCGAUUCAUAUUAUUGUGCCGACUUUAAAAAGACGAAUAAGGAACUCCUGGCGAGAGUCAUAAGAAAACAAUAUGUAACACUUCAUGGUCCUCGAGCAUCAGGCAAGUCAACACGAGCCCAUGUAGCCAUGCACCAGCUUAUGGACCUCGGAUUCACUUGCUUUUACAUAUCCCUCGAAAAUGCCCAUAUUGACCAAGGAGAAGAACUCUUUUGGAGUGAUUUGGACACUAAUUUUAGAUCAGGUUGUCGAGGUUGUUUUGAUGAAUAUCCUCCCCUUCGCUCUGGACGAGAUUUCCUUAAAUGGUUCGCACAAUGCACCUAUGAAAACCCUGUUGUCCUCUUCAUUGAUGAAUUCGAUAUGCUGUACAGUGCAGCUGCUGCGAUCCGGAAUAGUUGUCUGACUACUCUUCGCGCUAUCAAACACAUGGAAGGAGUUCCUCUCCAUUCAGUGGUUGCUAAUCCUAAUUUAACCCGUGAAGAAGUCGAAUCACUUUUCACUGCGUUUUCUUCAGACCGAAGCAUCACGAUAGAUCCCAAUGUUGUUGAGGAUAUUCAUUGGCAAACAAAUGGACAUGCUAGUCUCAUAUGUAUAUGUGGGAAAGCAAUCGAUGAUAAAAUGACUAAACUUCUCGAAUCGCGUCAUCUUCCUGUCGCCAAAUGGAAGAAAUUCUUUAUCACAUACUUGAUUCCAGAGUUGUUCAAGUAUGCAACCUUUAAGAGCAUCAUAGAUACACUGAAAGAACCGACUUCAAAAAAAUAUGUGGUUUUUCUUCGAUCACAUUUUUUGUACGACCCUUACGCCCAAGUAAGUGUCGACUACGAGGAUGAAGAUAAAGUCGUAUUCCUAUCUAGGCAUGGAAUCUUACGGUCUGGCGAGGAUGGAUAUAGCUUCGUGAUGGCUUCACCACUAUUAAGUGCUGUCAUUCAGAAGAUGGUCCUACCGCAUUUCUUUCCGCAUAUUUCUGUAACUCGUCCUCCCACUCAACUGGAUGGCUCCUUGCACUUGUUGAGAUCCCUCAAGCAAGCCGUUCGCUACUUUGACCCGAAAACACUCACAAUGGCAACAAAGCAUUCUCACAAGCAAGCCCAUGUGAACAUUGACAACGAUGACAAGUUUGUGCCCCGAGAAAGUAUAUACCAACAGGAAUUAACAAGCAUGUUGUCAAAUUGGUUCAAACAAUGGUCGGAAAUCUAUGUAGAGGCUCAAUGCUGUCUUCAAGUAAUUGAGGAUGGAGGCUCGACACAGAAAUAUUACGAUAUAAUUGUCACUGAUCCGGGAGAAUCACCAUCAGCAGCGAUUAUUGAGCUUGUCGCCACAGAGACUUGGCAAAAAGUGGAUGAACAUUACCGACGCACUCUUCAGUACGCCAAAUCAAAAAGGGAGGAAAUGCUUGUUAGUGAAAUUUGGACUGUCCAUUUCACUUGCGAACAAAACUACUUGACCGAUGCAAGCAUCAGCCGCUGGCCAUCAGAAGAACAAAUGAGAAACGGCCUGGGUGCCAUACAUUUUUGGCAUAAUUUGGAGUUUUCAGAAGUCCGUAUGAGUGCGCGUUGGCCUGUUUUUAGUGGAAAUUAUAAGAUUGAGGAGAUUAUCGAUGAACAGGUGUGUCUCACCGAAUAG